CCGUGUCGGAUCGCGCCGGGACGUGCCGGGCCAUACGGGGCUGUACCGGACCGCGCUGGGCUGUGCCAGGCCAUACCGGGCCGAACUGGACCGUACUGGGCUGGGCUGCAGCACCCGAGCCGUGUGGGACCGUACUGGGCUGUAGUGGACCAUAGUGAGCUGGGCCGUGCCGGGCCAUACUGGGCUGUGCUGGGCCAUACUGGACGGUGCUGGAGCAGCCUGUGCUGUGCCAUACGGAGCGGUGCUGGACUCUGCUGAGCUGUGACCGAGCCCUGAGGGCCGUGCCCUGCGUCGUGCUGCCCAGCCAUGGUGGCGGGGAUGCUGAUGCCGCUGGAGCGGCUCCGCUCCAUCCUGGAGCUGCUGUUUCGCGAGGGUGUCCUGGUCGGGGAGAGGGACGGCUGCCCCCGGCGCACCCACCCGCAGCUGCCCGGCGUGGCCAACGUGGAGGUGCGGCGCGCCAUGGCCUCGCUGCGCUCCCGCGGCCUCGUGCGCCAAACGGCGGCCUGGCGACACCUCUACUGGUACCUGACGGACGCCGGGGUCGCCCACCUGCGCCAGUACCUGCGGCUGCCGCCGGACGUGGUGCCGCGCUCCCUGCAGCGCGUCCCGCGCCCCGCCGUGCCCCGGCCCGAGGCCCGGCGCGCCGCUGCCCCGGCCGGAGCUGGCACCCAGCGGGCGCGUCCUGCCGGCGGUGACCGCCUCUACCGCAGGAAGGACGAGGCCGAGGGGCACGUGGAAGCCGUCGCCGUCACCGCAGGGCAGGGGGUGUGCCAGCCGCCCCCUCAGCCCAGCCCGGCCGCAGAUGAGCGAGAUCGUGUCCAGAAGAAAACCUUCACCAAAUGGGUCAACAAGCACCUUAUCAAGGCGCAGCGCCAUGUCAACGACCUGUACGAGGACCUGCGGGACGGGCACAACCUCAUCUCGCUGCUGGAGGUGCUGUCGGGUGACACGCUGCCCCGGGAGAAGGGCCGGAUGCGCUUCCACAAGCUGCAGAAUGUCCAGAUUGCCCUCAACUACCUGAAGCAUCGGCAGGUGAAGCUGGUGAACAUCCGGAACGAUGACAUCGCCGACGGCAACCCCAAACUGACUCUGGGGCUCAUCUGGACCAUCAUCCUCCACUUCCAGAUCUCAGACAUCCAGGUGACGGGGCAGUCGGAGGACAUGACAGCCAAGGAGAAGCUGCUGCUGUGGUCGCAGCGGAUGGUGGAGGAUUACCAGGGCCUCCGCUGCGACAACUUCACCACCAGCUGGCGGGACGGGCGCCUCUUCAACGCCAUCAUCCACCGGCACAGGCCAAUGCUGAUCGACAUGAGCCGGGUGUACCGCCAGAGCAACCUGGAGAACCUGGACCAGGCCUUCACCGUGGCCGAGCGGGAUCUGGGCGUGACGCGGCUGCUGGACCCCGAAGACGUGGACGUGGCACAGCCGGAUGAGAAGUCCAUCAUCACCUACGUGUCCUCGCUGUACGACGCCAUGCCGCGCGUGCCCGAGGUGCAGGACGGCGUCAAGGCCAACGAGCUGCAGCUGCGCUGGCAGGAGUACUACGAGGUGGUGACGGGGCUGCUGCAGUGGAGCCGGCAGCACUCGGCGCUCUUCGAGGAGCGGCGCCUCCCUGCCAGCUACGAGGAGAUCGAGAUCCUCUGGCGCCAGUUCCUCAAGUUCAAGGAGACGGAGCUGCCGGCUCGGGAGGCCGACAAGAACCGCUCCAAAGCCAUCUUCCAGGCGCUGGAGGGCGCGGUGCAGUCGGGACAGCUGAAGGUGCCCCCCGGGUACCACCCGCUGGACGUGGAGAAGGAGUGGGGGCGGCUGCACGUGGCUGUGCUGGAGCGGGAGAAGCUGCUGCGGGCUGAGUUCGAGAGGCUGGAGCGGCUGCAGCGUGUGGUCACCAAGCUGCAGAUGGAGUCAGGGCUCUGCGAGGAGCAGCUGAACCAGGCGGAUGCUCUGCUGCAGGCAGACGUGCGGCUGCUGGCGGCCGGGAAGCCACCCCAGAAGGCGGCAGAGGUGGAGAGGGACCUGGACAAGGCGGAUGCCAUGAUCCGGCUGCUCUUCAACGACGUCCAGACCCUCAAGGACGGGCGGCACCCCCAGGGCGAGCAGAUGUACCGUCGGUACGGGCACCGUGGGCAUCCCCACGGCCCUGUGCCCCCCAAAGCCCUCCACAUCCUCCUCGUCCUCCCUCCCCACCAAAGCCCUUCGUGUCCCCCAUGUCCCCUGUGUCCUCCAUGCUGCCCAUGCUCCCUGCACCCCCAGCCACUCCUAUGCCCCCAAAACCCUGCAAAAUUUCCUGUGACCCCAAUGCCAUCCAUGUCCCCACACCCCCGCCACCACCAUGUCCCCUAUGCCCCCCCAAAACCCUGCAAACCCUCCUGUGACCCCCAUGCCAUCCAUGUCCCCGCACCCCCAGCCACCCCCAUGUCCCCUAUGCCCCCCCAAAACCCUGCAAACCCUCCUGUGGACCCCAUGCCCCCCAUGUCCCCUUUUCCGGCCAUGGCAGGGCAAAGGGCACUCUUGGCCAUCCCUGGCCGUGGUGGGGUGAGGUGUGCUCUUGGGGGGCCCUGGGGUGCCUGGGCUCACCCCCACAUGUCUCCCCAGAAACUGCUGGAGGAGUGUGAGCAGCACAAGGAGAAGGUGGAGGAGUGCCAGCGCUAUGCCAAGCAGUACAUCGACGCCAUCAAGGACUACGAGCUGCAGCUGGUGAGCUUCAAGGCACAGGUGGAGCCGGUGGCAUCACCAGCCAAGAAGCCCAAAGUGCAGUCAGCAUCUGACAGCAUCAUCCAGGAGUACGUGGACCUGCGGACGCAGUACAGUGAGCUGACCACGCUCACCACCCAGUACAUCAAGUUCAUCACUGAGACGCUGCGGCGGCUGGAGGACGAGGAGAAAGCCGCCGAGAAGCUGAAAGAGGAGGAGAGGAAGCGGCUGGCGGAGGUGGAGGCACAGCUGGAGAAGCAGCGGCAGCUGGCCGAGGCCCACGCCAAAGCCAAGGCACAGGCGGAGGCGGAGGCGCGGGAGCUGCAGCUCCGCAUGCAGGAGGAGGUCACCCGGCGGGAGGUGGUGGCCGUGGAUGCCGAGCAGCAGAAGCAGAACAUCCAGCAGGAGCUGAUGCAGCUGCGGCAGAACUCGGACCACCAGAUCAAGUCCAAGGUGAAGCUGAUCGAGGAGGCUGAGUACAACCGCAAGAAAGUGGAGGAGGAGAUCCGCCUCAUCCGCCUGCAGCUGGAGAGCACCGAGAAGCAGCGGGAGAGCGCAGAGACAGAGCUGCAGGAGCUGCGGGCGCGUGCCGAAGAUGCCGAGCGGCAGAAGCGGCAGGCGCAGGAGGAGGCCGAGCGCCUGCGCCGGCAGGUGAAGGAGGAGAGCCAGAAGAAGCGGGAGGCGGAGGAGGAGCUGAAGCGCAAGGUGCAGGCCGAGCGCGAAGCGGCACGGGAGAAGCAGAAGGCAGUGGCCGACCUGGAGCAGCUGCGGCUGCAGGCGGAGGAGGCUGAGCGACGCAUGCGGCAGGCAGAGGCUGAGAAGGACCGGCAGAUCCAGGUGGCCCAGGAGGUGGCCCAGCGCAGCGCUGAGGCCGAGCUGCAGAGCAAGAGGCUCUCUUUUGCCGAGAAGACGGCGCAGCUGGAGCUGUCACUGCAGCAGGAGCACGAUGUGGUGGCCCAGCUGCAGGAGGAGGCCGAGCGGCUGAAGAAGCAGCAGCUGGAGGCCGAGCGCUCGCGGGAGGAGGCUGAGAAGGAGCUGGAGCGCUGGCGGCAGAAGGCCAACGAGGCGCUGCGCCUGCGGUUGCAGGCCGAAGAGGUGGCCCACAAGAAGUCACUGGCACAGGAGGAGGCCGAGAAGCAGAAGGAGGAUGCAGAGCGCGAGGCCCGCAAGCGCGCCAAGGCAGAGGAGGUGGCCGUGCGGCAGAAGGAGCUGGCUGAGGAAGAGCUGGAAAAGCAGCGGGAGCUGGCAGAGGGCACAGCCCAGCAGAAGCUGGCGGCGGAGCAGGAGCUGAUCCGGCUGAAGGCGGAGAUGGAGAACGGGGAGCAGCAGCGCCUGCUCCUGGAAGAAGAGCUCUCGCGGUUGAAGGGCGAGGUAAACGAGGCCAUCCAGAGGAGGAAAGAGCUGGAGGAGGAGCUGGCCAAGCUGCGGGCAGAGAUGGAGGUCCUGCUGGAGAGCAAGGCCAAGACAGAGGAGGAGUCGCGCUCCAGCAGCGAGAAGUCCAAGCAGCGGCUGGAGGCGGAGGCCAACAAGCUGCGGGAGCUGGCCGAGGAGGCCGCCCGCCUGCGCGCCCUCUCUGAGGAGGCCAAGCGGCAGCGGCAACUGGCAGAGGACGAGGCCACCCGGCAACGGGCCGAGGCCGAGCGCAUCCUGAAGGAGAAGCUGGCGGCCAUCAACGAGGCCUCACGGCUGAAGGCAGAGGCGGAGAUCGCGCUGAAGGAGAAGGAGGCUGAGAACGAGCGGCUGCGGCGGCUGGCAGAGGAUGAGGCCUACCAGCGCAAGCUGCUGGAGGAGCAGGCGGCCCAACACAAGCAGGACAUCGAGGAGAAGAUUGCCCUGCUGAAGCGCUCCUCAGAGAGCGAGCUGGAGAGGCAGAAGGGUCUUGUGGAGGAUACGCUGCGGCAGCGGCGACAGGUGGAGGAGGAGAUCCGUGCCCUCAAGGCCAGCUUCGAGAGGGCCUCAGCUGGCAAGAGCGAGCUGGAGCGGGAGCUGAACCGCAUCCGUGGGGAGGCAGAGGAGGUGCAGCGCAGCCGGGAGCAGGCGGAGCGGGAGGCUGAGCGGCAGCGGGCGCUGGCGCUGGAGGAGGAGGGCCGCCGGCGUGAGGCCGAAGAGAAGGUGCAGGCCAUCCUGGCGGCCGAGGAGGAGGCCGGGCGGCAGCGGCGGCUGGCCCUGGAGGAGGUGGAGCGGCUGCGGGCCAUGGUGGAGGAGGCACGGCGGCAGAAGGAACUGGCGGAGAAGGAGUCGGAGCGGCAGAUCCAGCUGGCGCGGGAGGCAGCGCAGAAGCGGAUUGCAGCAGAGGAGAAGGCACACCUGGCUGCCGUGCAGCAGAAGGAGCAGGAGCUGCUGCAGACGCGGCAGCAGGAGCAGAGCCUCCUGGACCGGCUGCGCGAGGAGGCUGAGCGGGCCCGGCGGGCGGCUGAGGAGGCUGAGUUUGCCCGUGGCAAGGCCGAGCAGGACGCCAGCUUGUCCCGGCAGCGCGUGGAGGAGGCUGAGCGGCUGAAGCAGCGGGCAGAGGAGGAGGCGCAGGCCAAGGCACAGGCACAGGCAGACGCAGAGAAGCUGCGGAAGGAGGCCGAGCUGGAGGCAGCAAAACGGGCGCAGGCAGAGCAGGCGGCCCUGCGGCAGAAGCAGUUGGCCGACGCCGAGAUGGAGAAGCACAAGAAGUUUGCCGAGCAGACCCUGCGGCAGAAGGCGCAGGUGGAGCAGGAGCUGACCAAGGUGAAGUUGCAGCUGGAUGAGACAGACCACCAGAAGGGCAUCCUGGAUGAGGAGCUGCAGCGGCUGAAGGAGGAGGUGACCGACGCCGUCCGGCAGAAGGCCCAGGUGGAGGAGGAACUCUUCAAGGUGCGGGUGCAAAUGGAGGAGCUGGCCAAGCUGAAGAGCCGCAUCGAGGAGGAGAACAAGGCGCUGAUCCUCAAGGACAAGGACAACACGCAGAAGUUCCUGGCGGAGGAGGCAGAGAAGAUGAAGCAGGUGGCAGAGGAGGUGGCCCGGCUGAGCGUGGAGGCGCAGGAGGCCGCUCGCAUGCGGCAGCUGGCUGAGGAUGACCUGGCGCAGCAGCGGGCGCUGGCAGAGAAGAUGCUGAAGGAGAAGAUGCAGGCGGUGCAGGAGGCCACGCGGCUGCGGGCCGAGGCUGAAAUGCUGCAGAAGCAGAAGGAUCUGGCACAGGAACAUGCCAAGAAGCUGCAGGAGGACAAGGAGCAGAUGCAGCAGCGCCUGGCUGAGGAGACUGAAGGCUUCCAGAAGACGCUGGAGGCCGAGCGCCGGCGGCAGCUGGACAUCACAGCUGAGGCUGAGCGCCUCAAGCUGCAAGUGGCAGAGAUGAGCAUGGCCCAGGCCAAGGCUGAGGAGGAAGCCAAGCGGUUCAAAAAGCAGGCAGAGGAGAUCAGUGAGAGGCUGCAUGAGACUGAGCUGGCCACACAGGAGAAGAUGACGAUGGUGCACACCCUGGAGAUCCAGCGGCACCAGAGCGAUGAGGAUGCCGAAAAGCUGCGGAAGGCCAUCGCUGACCUGGAGAAGGAGAAGGAGAAGCUGAAACAGGAGGCAGCGCUGCUGCAGCAGAAGGCAGAGGAGAUGCAGGUGGCCCAGCAGGCUCAGCUCCGUCAGGAGACCCAGCUCCUGCAGCAGAGCUUCCUGACGGAGAAAGAUGCCCUGCUGCAGAAGGAGAAGUUCAUUGAAGAGGAGAAAUCGAAGCUGGAGAAACUCUUUAAGGAUGAGGUGAACAAAGCCCAGAACCUGAAGGCAGAGCAGGAGCGGCAGCAGCGGGAGAUGGAGCAGGAGAAGCAGCAGUUGAAAGCUAUGUUGGACGAAGCCAAGAAGCAUCAGAAGGAAGCUGAGGAGAACGUCCGGCACAAGCAGGAGGAGCUACAGCAGCUGGAGAGGCAGCGACAGCAGCAGGAGAAACUUCUGGAAGAAGAGAACCAGAAGCUGAGGGAGAGGCUCGAGCAGAUGCAGGAGGAGUACAAGGCUGCCCUGGCCCAGAGACGGGAGAUCAUGAUCCAGACAGAUGACCUGCCUGGGGAGGCAGUUACGACAACGCAGCUGCUGGACGUCAAGGCUGUGCCCAACGGCCGGGAUGCAAUGGACGGCUUAGCCCAGAAUGGGGAGCCGGAGUUCGCCUUCGACGGCAUCCGGCAGAAGGUGUCAGCAGAGAAGCUGGCUGAUGCUGGCAUUCUGAGCAGGGAGAACUUGGACAAGUUGGCGAAGGGCGUUGUGAGUGUGGGCGAGCUCUCUCAGAGGGAGGAUGUCAAGAAGUACCUGCAGGGCACGAGCAGCAUUGCCGGUUUGCUGAUCAAACCCUCCAACCAGAAGAUGAGCAUCUACGAAGCCAUGAAGAAGAAGCUGCUCAGCCCAGGCACAGCGCUGGUGCUCCUGGAGGCACAGGCUGCUUCUGGCUUCAUCAUUGACCCUGUGAGGAAUGCAAGGCUCUCGGUGAACGAGGCGGUGCGAGAGGGAGUGAUCGGGCCAGAGCUGCACAACAAGAUGCUGUCGGCUGAGCGGGCUGUCACUGGCUACAAGGAUCCGUACACAGGUGACAAGAUCUCCCUGUUCCAGGCCAUGCAGAAGGAUCUCAUUGUCAGGGACCACGGCAUCCGCCUGCUCGAGGCCCAGAUUGCCACCGGUGGCAUCAUCGAUCCUGUCAACAGCCACCGCCUGCCCGUGGAAGCCGCCUACAAGCGUGGCUACUUCGAUGAGGAGAUGAAUCAGGUCCUGUCUGACCCCACUGAUGACACCAAGGGCUUCUUCGAUCCCAACACUCAGGAGAACCUCACCUACCUGCAGCUCAUGGAGCGCUGCGUGACUGACCCGGACACGGGGCUGUGCCUCCUGCCACUCACUGACCAAGCAGCCAAAGCCAGAGAGCUGGUCUACACCGACAAGGAGGCCAAGGAUGUCUUCAAGAAGGCCACAGUGACAGCACCGUUUGGCAAGUUCCAAGGGAAGACGAUGACCAUCUGGGAGCUCAUCAACUCUGAAUACUUCACUGAGGACCAAACGGACCUGAUCCAGCAGUACAGGACUGGCAAGAUCACAGUGGAGAAGAUCAUCAAGAUCGUCAUCACGGUUGUGGAGGAAAGCGAGAAGAAGAGCCAGAUGUGCUUUGAGGGCCUGCGGGGCCCCGUGCCCGCUGCUGAGCUGCUGGAGAGCAAGAUCAUCAACAAGGACCUCUACAACCAGCUGCACCAGGGCAAGAAGUCCGUAAAGGAUGUGGCAGAGAUGGAGUCCGUACGGCAGUACCUGAAGGGCACGGAUGCCAUCGCUGGUGUCCUGGUGGAGUCUACGGGCCAGAAGCUCACCUUCUACGAGGCCCUGAGGAGAAACCUGCUGAAGCCAGAGGUUGCCCUGUCCCUGCUGGAGGCACAAGCUGCCACUGGCUACAUCAUUGACCCUGUGGGUAACAAGCUCUUCUCCGUGGAUGAGGCAGUGAAGGCCGAGGUGGUGGGGCCAGAGUUCCAUGAGAAGCUGCUGUCGGCAGAGAAGGCGGUGACCGGCUACAAGGAUCCCUACACAGGUCAGACGGUUUCCCUCUACCAAGCACUCCAGAAGGGCCUCAUCCCCAGCGACACUGGGCUCCGGCUGCUGGACGUCCAGCUUGCCACUGGUGGCAUCAUCGACCCCGUCAACAGCCACCGGCUCCCGCUUGAGGUCGCCUACAAGCGCGGCUACUUCGACCCAGAGAUAAACAAGGCUCUGACUGAGUUCCAAGAUGAAGCCAAGGCUUUCUACUGUCCCAACACCCAGGAGCACCUCACCUAUGCUCAGCUGCAGAAGAGUUGCCACCGCGACAAGCAGACUGGCCUGUGCCUGCUGCCCCUGUCUGACGAGGCAAUCCAGUCACAGCAGGAGGAGGUCUACACCGACAGCCAGGCCAAGGAGUGCUUCGACAAAGCAACCAUCGAGGUCCCGGUGGGCAGCAUGAAGGGCCAGACAAUGACCAUCUGGGAACUGAUCCACUCUGAAUACUUCACAGAGGAGCACAGGCGGGAGCUGCUCCGACAGUACAAGACUGGCAAAGUGACGAUCGAGAAGAUCAUCAAGAUUGUGAUCACCAUCAUUGAGGAGGCAGAGACCAAAAAGCAGGAGAAACUGACAUUCAGUGGUCUGCGGGCUCCGGUGCCAGCCAGCGAGCUGCUGGAGUCCUGCAUCAUCAGCAAAACCCAGUACGAGCAGUUGCAGGAAGGCAAGAAAUCGGUGAAGGACCUCUCGGAGACAGAUGCGGUGAGGAGAUUCCUGCACGGCAGCGACUGCAUUGCCGGUGUCUAUGUGGAGGCCACCAAGGAGAAGCUGAACAUCUAUGAGGCCAUGAGGAGGAACCUGCUGAGACCCAGCACUGCCGUGGUCCUCCUGGAGGCCCAGGCAGCCACUGGGUUCUUGAUCGACCCCGUGAAGAACCGUAAACUGUACGUCAACGAGGCGGUGAAGGCUGGCAUUGUCGGGCCUGAGCUGCACGAGAAGCUGCUGUCGGCCGAGAAGGCUGUCACGGGCUACAAGGAUCCCUACUCGGGCGAUACCAUCUCCCUGUUCCAGGCCAUGAAGAAGGGGCUUAUUGUCAAGGAGCACGGCAUCCGUCUGCUCGAGGCCCAGAUCGCCACGGGCGGCAUCAUCGACCCCGUGCACAGCCACCGCCUGCCCGUGGAGGUGGCCUACAAGCGUGGCUACUUCGAUGAGGAGAUGAACCGGACCCUCUCCGACCCCACUGAUGACACCAAGGGCUUCUUUGACCCCAACACUCAGGAGAACCUCACCUAUGUGCAGCUGAAGGAGAGGUGCAUCGAGGAUCCCGAGACGGGCCUGUACCUGCUGCCUCUGCGGGAGCCUGAGAAGCCAAAGGUGGUGGAAACCACCCACAUGUACACGGAAGCAGAGACACGGAAGGUGUUUGAGGAGACCCAGGUGGACAUCCCUGUGGGCAGCCGGGCGGGCUCCUCCAUGUCACUGUGGGAUGUCAUGCACUCGGACCUGCUGCCCGAGGAGCAGCGUAAGCAUCUCAUGGAGGAGUUCCAGUCGGGCCGCGUGUCCAAGGAGCGCAUGAUCAUCAUUAUCAUCGAGAUCAUCGAGAAGACUGAGAUCAUCCGGCAGCAGAAUCUCACAUCCUAUGACUACGUCCGGCGCCGCAUCACAGCCGAGGACCUCUACGAGGCCAAGAUCAUCACACAGGACAUCUACAACCUGCUGAAACAGGGCUCCAAAACCUUCCGGGAGCUCCUGGAUGUGGAGACUGUCUGGAAGUACCUUUAUGGGUCAGGCUGCGUGGCUGGCAUCUACAUCCCCUCCUCCAAGCAGACGCUCAGUGUUUACCAGGCGCUGAAGAAGGGGCUGAUCAAUCCCGAAGUGGCCCGCUCCCUCCUGGAGGCUCAGGCAGCCACCGGCUUCAUGAUCGACCCCACGAAGAACGAAAUGCUGACUGUUGAUGAGGCAGUCAGGAAGGGCGUGGUGGGGCCGGAGAUCCACGACCGGCUCCUGUCUGCAGAGAGGGCUGUGACCGGCUACAGAGACCCCUACAGCGAACAGAAGAUUUCCCUCUUCCAGGCCAUGAAGAAGGAUCUCAUUCCCAGCGAAGAGGCCCUCAAGCUCCUAGACGCCCAGAUCGCCACCGGCGGCAUAAUUGACCCUCACCUGGGCUUCCACCUGCCCCUGGAGGUGGCCCUUCAGCGGGGCUUCAUCAACAAGGAGACGUACGACAUGCUGUCGGAGCCCAGCGAGGUGCGCAGCUACGUGGACCCCUCCACCGAUGAGAAGCUCAGCUACACGCAGCUGCUGAGGCGGUGCCGGAAGGACGAGAACUCCAGGCUGCUCCUGCUCCCGCUCUGCGACACACGGAAGCUCACCUUCCGGGGCCUGAGGAAGCAGAUCACUGUAGAGGAGCUGGUCCUUUCGAAGGUGAUGGACGAAGCCACAGCCCAGCGCCUCCAGGAGGGUCUCACCUCUGUCGAGGAGGUCUCUAAGAACCUGAAGAAGUUCCUGGAGGGCACCAGCUGCAUCGCUGGUGUCUUUGUGGACUCCACAAAGGAGCGCCUGUCCAUCUACCAGGCCAUGAAGAAGGGGAUCAUCCGGCCUGGCACUGCCUUCGAGCUCUUGGAGGCACAGGCAGCCACGGGCUACGUGAUUGACCCCAUCAAGGGCCUGAAGCUGACAGUGGAGGAAGCUGUGCGCAUGGGCAUUGUGGGCCCCGAGUUCAAGGACAAGCUGCUCUCUGCCGAGCGGGCCGUCACCGGCUACCGGGACCCCUACACCGGAAAGCUCAUCUCCCUCUUCCAGGCUAUGAAGAAGGGUCUGAUCCUGAAGGACCACGGGAUCCGCCUGCUGGAGGCACAGAUCGCCACGGGCGGCAUCAUCGACCCUGAGGAGAGCCACCGCCUGCCUGUGGAGGUGGCCUACAAGAGGGGCCUCUUUGACGAGGAGAUGAACGAGAUCCUGCUGGACCCUAGCGACGACACCAAGGGCUUCUUCGACCCCAACACAGAGGAGAACCUGACCUACCUGCAGCUCAUGGAGCGGUGCAUCACGGACCCAGAGACCGGCCUCUGCCUCCUGCCUCUGAAGGAGAAGAAGCGGGAGAGGAAGACCUCCUCCAAGUCCUCCGUCCGCAAGCGCCGGGUGGUGAUCGUUGACCCAGAGACCGGCAAGGAGAUGUCCGUGUAUGAAGCCUAUCGCAAGGGCCUCAUCGACCACCAGACUUACCUGGAGCUGUCAGAGCAGGAGUGCGAGUGGGAGGAGAUCACCACCUCCUCCUCCGACGGCGUGGUGAAGUCAAUGAUCAUCGACAGGCGCUCGGGGCGCCAGUAUGACAUCGAUGAUGCCAUCGGCAAGGGUCUGAUUGACCAGUCAGCCCUGGACCAGUACCGCUCGGGCACCCUCUCCAUCACCGAGUUUGCUGACAUGCUCUCUGGCAAUAUGGGUGGCUUCCGGUCACGGUCGUCCUCAGUCGGAUCCUCCUCCUCCUACACCGUCAGCCCAGCCCUGUCACGGACCCAGAUCUCCAUGUGGACUGACCCAACCGAAGAGACUGGGCCAGUGGCAGGCAUCCUGGACACGGACACUCUGGAGAAGGUGUCCAUCACGGAGGCGAUGCGCCGCAACCUGGUGGACAACAUCACAGGGCAGCGGCUGCUGGAAGCCCAGGCCUGCACCGGGGGCAUCAUCGACCCCAACACCGGUGACAAAUGCACCGUUGCCGAUGCGGUCACCAAGGGCCUGGUUGACAAGAUCAUGGUGGACCGCAUCAACCUGGCGCAGAAGGCCUUCUACGGCUUUGAGGACCCGCGGACCAAGACAAAGAUGUCGGCGGCGCAGGCCCUGAAGAAGGGCUGGCUGUACUACGAGGCCGGGCAGCGGUUCCUGGAGGUGCAGUACUUGACAGGGGGCCUGAUCGAGCCCGAUGCCCCGGGCCGUGUCUCCCUGGAUGACGCGCUGCAGAAGGGCACCAUUGACGCGCGGACUGCACAGAAGCUGCGGGAUGUCAACACCUAUUCCAAGUACCUCACCUGCCCCAAGACCAAGCUCAAGAUCUCCUACAAGGACGCCAUGGACCGGAGCAUGAUCGAGGAUGGGACCGGCCUGCGGCUGCUGGAGGCCUCCUCCCAAUCCAGCAAGGGCUACUACAGUCCCUACAACAUCAGCAGCGCCGGCUCCACCUCCGGAUCGCGCUCGGGCUCUCGCACCGGCUCCCGCUCAGGCUCCCGGCGCGGCAGUUUCGACGCCACUGGCUCCAGCUUCUCCAUGACCUUCUCUUCCUCCUCCUACUCCUCCUCGAGUUUUGGGCGCAGAUACACGGGGGGUACCCAGGGCACCGUGGAGGAGGCUGCCCUUGCCCUCGCCCUGGCCGCAUCCAGAAGCUGCGGGUGGGAGGCGAGCAGGGAGUGCCCCGGGGUGUCUGGGCCCCUGCUCCACCCCCUGCACCCCAAAGGAGGAGACUGCCUUGGCCCUGUGGUGCACCCCACUGCAGCCAUUGUGCCAGAGGAGGAUGUCACCAGCUCCUCGGCACUGGACAGCCAGACACACCACACCAGCCCUGAAGCUGCUGCCUGGACCCCUUCCACGCGCCCUCAGUGCAGCGAGGAGGGGGCUCUGCACCCCAGCCCCCCGAGCUGCCCCAUCUCCCUGCCUCGGCCUCCCGGCACGUCCCCACCACCACGCCGCAGAGCCGGUGCCCUGACCACGUCUUUUUCCAGUCCCAACAAAGACCUCCCAGUGCCGCUGGGCGAGCUCCUGAGCUGGGUCUCCGACAUCAGCAGGUCGUGGAUGGGCUCGAGGGGAGCCCCAGAGGCGGCAGCUGCUCGGCCGGGCCCACCUGCACAGGUGGGCAGCCCGCGGUGCCCGGUGCCCGAGCCGGGGCUGGGGGCUGCUCUGAACCGGUCCCCGAAGCCUGCCGGGGUUGGGGGCAGCUGUGGGACCCUCACAGGCGUGCACCGCGCUGCGGGAGACACCGGAGAUGGCACGGAGGACUCGCCGUGGGACAGGGAGGAGGUGGAGAGGUACGGGCACCGCUGGGCACUGCCAGGCGGGCCGUGCCGGGAGCUGCGGGCGUGCCCGGGUGUCUGCACCCUGACGGGGGAGCUGCUGAACCCUUCGCGGGAGCCUGGGCCAGCGCUGCGGUGGGGAGGGCGUGUGCUGGCCGUGCUGGGGCCAGCAGGGUGGGAGCGAGCUCAGCCAGCCUGCCUGCGGUCCGAGCAGAGGCUGGAGGUGCAGGAGCAGCUGCUUGCCCUGCGGCACUGGCUGGACGCCGUGGAGAAGCGGCUGCUGGCGCUGCCGGAGCCCGGCACGGCCCUGCAGGUAACGCCUGGCCCUGGGUGUGACUGGACCGUGCAGAGCCGGGCGGGACCAGCCCACGGCUGCACCGAGGCUGGGGAGGUCUUGGUCCUCGCAAGGGAGGAAGGGGAGGAGGCCCAGCUGACACAGGAGAAGAUGGAGUCACUGAGGAUGCGGUACCUCAUCGUGGGCCAGAGCAGCGCUGACACCGCUCACCGGCUGGGGCAGACCCUCGAGGCCUCGUCUCGCCUGGGCACGGCCCCUGAGGACCUGGCACUGUGGCUGAGCCGCAUGGAGAAGGAGCUGGGCGAGCAGGAGAGCCAGCAGGAUGGCCAGGAGCCCUCAGUCACUGCCAGUGACAGGGAGAAGUUUGAGCAGGUCCUGGAGUCCCAGCUCAGCCGUGUGGCGGGGCUGGGCGAGCGGCUGGAGGAGAUCGGCCGCGUGCAGCUGGAUGCUGAGGCUCUCCGCUCGCAGCUCUCCGAGCAGAAGCUGCUCUCCGCCGAGAUCCUGCACUGCCGGGGCCUGGUUGAGCGUCUGCUGGGGUUCUCGGAGCCGCUGCUGCGCUGCUGCCCCGAGCCCCUGCGGCAGCGCCUUCAGCCGUCGGUGCAGGCGCUGCGGGAGCGCACGGAGCAGCUGUCCCUGCGCAGCGGCGCCUGUGCCGUGCAGCUGGAGCACGCCCAGUCCCUGCUCACCCAGUUCUCCGAGGCCCUCGAGGAGCUGCUGCCCUGGCUGGAGGAGACGCAGGCCCUGGGGGUGCAGCUCUCGCCUAACGCCAUCAGCUACGAGGCCUUCAAGGAGCAGCAGGCGCUGCUGCAGAGCCUGCGAGAGGCCAUCGCCGAGCACCGGCCGCUGGUGGGGAAGCUGCAGCGCGUGUCAGCGCAGCUGCUGGAGCUGAGCCCGGAGCAGGGAGCUCCGUUCCAGCGGCGCUGGCAGGAGCUGGAGGAGCAGUACGGCCACAUCCGCGAGCGCGUGCGCCAGGCGGCGGCUCUGCUGGAGGACGCCCUGCCGCGAUACAGCCAGCUGUCGGAGCGCAUGGACCUGAUGCUGGAGUGCCUGGAGCGGCUGCAGAGCCGGCUGCAGAGCCAGCCCCCUGUCCGCGGCGACGCUGCCCACCUGAGGGAGCAGAUCCGGGAGAACAGCCUGGCACUGGGCGAGCUGGAGAAGCUCGGGGUGGCUCUGGAGGGCAUCCGUGCCCAGGGCGAGGAGCUGCUGGCCACCGUGCAGGCGGUCAGCUCCGACGCCGCGGACAGAGGCAUCCAGGAGCGCACGGCACAGCUGCUGUCGCAGUGGGGUUGCCUGCGCGGCCGCUGCCAGGAGCAGGAGCGGUGGCUUCGGGAGCUGCUGGCACUGGCUGAGCGCUUCUGGCACGGCCUGUCUGAGCUGGCCGUGGCGCUCAGUGACACCCAGCAGCUGGUGCUGGGGCUGGAGGAGGCUGGCGGCGAGCCCGAGGCCAUCCGCACGCGACUUCGCACCAUGCAGGCACUGCGGGAGGAGAUCGACGCGCUGCAGGGCGAGCUGGACACGCUGGGCAGCCUGGGCGUGGAGCUGAUGGCGUCCUGCGGGGACCCCGACAAGCCCGAUGUCACCAAGAGCCUGGACGAUCUCUACUCCUCCUGGCACAGCCUGAGCCGCGUGUGGACGGAGCGGAACGGGCGCCUCGAGGAGCAGCUCCAGGCCGCCCUCAGCUACCAGGACACCAUGCAGCGGCUGCUGGAGUGGCUGGACGCAGCCGAGCUGCGCAUCGCCGAGGAGUUCCUGGUGGGCGGCGACCUGGACAUGGUGCAGCAGCAGCUGGCGGAGCUCAAGGAGUUCAAGCGGGAGCUGUACCAGUGCAAGGUGGACGUGGAGAGCCUGCGGCACCACGGGGGCACAGGGCACGGGGAGCCCCCGGGCACCCUCAGCGACUUCCGCCAGCGCUGGGACCACCUGGAGGAGGAGAUCGUCAGCCGACAGCACCAGCUGGAGGCGGCGCUGCUGGGGCUGGGGCAGUUCCAGCACCAGCUGGCAGAGCUGCUGCAGUGGCUGAGCCGCACCGGGGAGCAGCUGCGCGGCCCCGCGCCCCUGCGCCCCGACCUGCAGAGCUGCGAGAUCGAGCUGGCCAAGCACAAGGUGCUGCGCACCGACGUGAUGUCCCACGCCCGCACGGUGCAGUCGGUGACCGAGGCAGGGCAGGGGCUGCUGCUCUCCAGCCUGGGCGAGAGCGUGGAGGGGCUGCAGCGCAGCCUGCAGCAGCUGGAGCAGCACUGGGAGCUGGUGCGCAGCCAGACCGAGAGCCGGCAGCUGGAGCUGGAGAACAACCUCAGCCAGGUGCAGGACAUCACGCUGGAGAUCACGGAGCUGCUGCAGUGGCUGGAGCAGGUGGAGCUGCAGCUCUUCUGCUCCAAGCCCGCCUGGGGCCAUCCAGAUGCCACCAAAGAGAAGCUCAACGCACACCUGGAGCUGUGCCGGGAGCUGGAGGCGCGGGCCGGCGCCUACCGGGGGCUGCGGGAGCGGCUGCAGCGGCUGCUGGACUCGUGCCGCGCCGGCCGGCCCUGCAGCACCGAGCACAGCCUGCGCCUCCUGGAGCAGAAGUGGGAGAGCGUCCAGGCCGAGGCCCAGGAGAGGAAGGAGCGCCUGGCCGAGGGGCUGACGGUCAGCACCGAGUUCCACGGCUCGGCGCAGGAGCUGCUGCGCUGGGUGGCCCACGCCGAGGAGCUGCUGGGGUCCCCCGCGCCGCCCAGCUUCGUCCUGGACACCGUCACCGCGCAGAUCCAGGAGCACAAGGCAAGAGCGGCGCCCUCGGGGCCGGCCCUGGUGAAGGAGGCAAACGCCCACGGGGAGAAGCUGGGCGGCCUGGAGGCCGUGGCCGCGCGCCUGAAGGAUUUCAGUCGGAAGCAGGACGGGGCCGUCAUCCAGAACCUGGUGCUGGCGGCCCGGGAGCGGCUGGGCAAGGUCCUGCAGCGGGCAGCAGAGAGGGGGGCGGUGCUGGAGGAGGCUCGAAAACGCAGCAAGCAGUGCCCGGGGCGGGUGGCUGGGUGGCACAGGGAGGAAAUUGUGUCCCGGUGUAGAGCCGGCUGUGGGGUCUCCCCUCGAUCCCACUGUGGGGUUGGAGCGGGGCUGGCAGCAGCUCUCCCUUGGCACAGCGUGCAGCCAGUGCCUGUGCCAGGGGCUUCUCCACCCAGCAGGGCUCAGGGGGCUCAGGGGGCUCAGGGGUGGGUGCUGAGCAGGUGCCCACUGUGCUGGCAGGCGGAGGAGUUCCACAGCCUGGUGCACUCCUUCCUGGGGCGCCUGACCGAGUCGGAGAAGACCCUCAAGUACGGAGUGUUCCCCGAGGAGGAGGCGGCUGUGCAGGAGUGCCAGGCCCAGCUGCAGGAGCUGAUGCAGUCCUUGCAGUGCCAGCAGCUGGAGCUGGAGUGCAUCACCUCGCUGGGGGAGGAGAUCCUCACCACCUGCCACCCCGACUCCGUCAUCACCAUCAAAUCCUGGGUCACGGUCACCAAGAGCCGCUUCCAGGAGGUGCUGAGCUGGGCACAGCAGCAGGGCGAGCGGCUGCGGGCGCAGGCGGCGGCGCUGGCGGCCGAGCGGGAGGACACGGAGCAGCUGCUGGACUGGAUCACGGCGGCCGAGGAGGCGCUGGGGCUGCGGGACCAGGAGCCGCUGCCCGAGGAGGCCGAGCAGCUGGAGGAGCUCAGCGCCCAGCACGCGGUGUUCAUGGAGGAGCUGAACCGCAAGCAGCCUGACGUGGAGAAGGUCACCAAGAGCUGCAAGAGGAAGCUGGCGGUGGAUCUGGGCCCCCCGGCCACCCGCCGACUGGCCACACGUCGCCGCAGCGGCGGGAAGGCGCAGGGCACGGCGGCAGUGCCGCUCGGGGCGCUGGAGCCCCAGACACCCCUGAUGGCCCAGCUCCUGCACCGCUGGCAGCAGCUCUGGCUGCUGGCCCUGGACCGGCAGUACCGGCUGGAGACGGCCCUGCAGCGCCUGCGGGAGCUGGAGGAGUUCGCGCACUUCGACUUCGGGGUCUGGAGGAAGCGCUACAUGCAGUGGAUCAGCCAGAUGAAGUCCCGCGUGCUGGAUGUGUUCCGCGGCAUCGACCGGGACCAGGACGGGCGCAUCAGCCAGCGGGAAUUCAUCGAGAGCGUCCUCGCCUCCAAGUUCCCCACCAACGUCCUGGAGAUGAACGCCGUGGCCACCAUCUUCGACAUGAACGGCGACGGCUUCAUCGACUACUACGAGUUCGUCAGCGCCCUGCACCCCAACCGGGACCCGCUGCGCCGCUCCGCUGACGCCGAUCAGAUCCAGGACGAGGUGAACCGGCAGGUAGCCCAGUGCAACUGCGCCAAGCGCUUCCAGGUGGAGCAGAUCAGCGCCAACAGGUACCGGUUCGGGGAGUCCCAGCAGCUGCGGAUGGUGCGGAUCCUGCGCAGCACCCUCAUGGUGCGGGUGGGCGGCGGCUGGAUCGCCCUGGACGAGUUCCUGGUGAAGAACGACCCCUGCAGAGUGAAGGGAAGGACCAACCUGAAGAUCAACGAGAAGUACCUGUCCUCCGACGUCUUCGGAGCCGCGGCCAGGUGUGCCGGGAACCAGUCGGCCUCCUCCUCCAAAGUGCUGUCCCCGAGCCGCUCCAACUCCAGCCUCAGCCUCUACAGCAGCGCCUCGGCCCCCAGCAGCCCCCUGGCCAGGAAGUCGGUGCUGCGGAGGACGCGCUCCGGGGACCGCUGUCCGCGCUCCCGGGGCUCGGGAUUGCCCGACGGAGCCGAGCUGCAGUUCACCGCGGCCGAGGAGAGCCUGGCUGUGGCCCCCCCAGAGCCGCCCGAAGGGUCCCCUCCGGAGCGCUGCAGCCCCUGCCGCUGACCCCCGCGCCCGCCCUGCG